CUUCCAUCCUUCUUUUCUUUUCUUUUUUCGUUUUCACCAUCUUUCUCUCUUAAAGGAAUAAAACAAAAUAAUAAAACAAGAGAGAAAAACAAUAACAACGUAGAAGGAAAAAAAAAACACACAACAAUAUGAGCAAUCGUGGCGGCGGUGGCAGCUUUGUAACGAUCCCGAAGAAUGUCAAGAAAACAAUACAAAGCAUAAGAGAAAUCACAGGCAAGCAACACAGUGAUGAGGAUAUUUACUCUGUUCUUCAAGACUGUGCUAUGGAUCUUGAUGAUACUGCCCAAAAGCUCCUUUAUUUAGAUACAUUUCAUGAAGUCAAGAGUAAACAUGAUCGUAGAAAAGGGGCUCAAGACAGGGGAGCUAGGGGUGGUCGAGGAAGCUAUUCUGGUGCUGGUGGUGGGAGGAAUGCGGCUACUCGAAGGGAAAAUGGAGUCGAUUGCAUGGCAGACAGAAAUGCUUCAACCUCCUCGCGCUCUAUGCAGAAAACAAAUAAUAAUGCAGCGAUUCCUGGGACAAAAGAUUUAACUGCCACACCCCGUGGUCCCUCAACUUUAUCCAGUGGGAGUUCUAUUCUUGGACAUAGUCCAAAGCUGCCUGUUGCUGCAGGUAGUUCAGUUCUUGAUGUGAAGAAGUUGGAUGCCCCUUCCCUACUACCUGCAGCAAGUCCCUCAGCACCUACACAAAUUUCUGUCUCUGGAAUGCAAUCUAAGGAAGGAAAGUCCACAUCAUUUCCCAAUGGCCUCCCAACUUCUACCACUCCAGCAUCUGUAUCUGGUUCUGUAUCUUCUUUUUCAGACCCCAUAUUAGCCUCAUCAAUGACUAGAAAUCCUGGUGCUACAAUCAAACACGAAGUGGGUAACCAGAAGAAAGGUGCUGAACAGAAUCAUAUUCAAGGAAACGAAAAAGUAUCACCUAUCAAACCAAAGGCAGCUGGAAAGAAUCAAUUGUCUGAAUCUCUGCAGCCUGCAACUUUGUAUGCAUAUGAUGAUCCUUUGGUUGUCAAGUCUUCUAGUAAUGAUAAUCAUUCAUCAGAAGAGUUGGCUUUGCCUUUAAAAACAGUCUUGUCUGAGGAUGCUGAAGCUAAAGUCAGUUCUCAGUCACUGCCAGAACCAUUCAUCUCUAAUGGACAUGUGAAAUUUCCGAAUCAUUAUAAAGUCCCUGAAGCUCUAAAGAGUGGUUUGACAUUUGGAAGCUUUGAUACAACUUCUGGACCAAGAAAGGAAUAUAGCAAUGGUGAUUUGACUUUUGGAAGCUUUGAUACUAAUUCUGGACCGGGAGCAAAAUGCAGCAAUGGUAUUGAUGGUGACAUUAACUCUAUGCAUGCUGUUGAACUCGCACAUCUGACUGAUGAAACUGCCAUGGAACCUUCUAGCAAUGAUAGUGGAGCAACACCUAUGCAAGUUAAUCAUUCUGAUGAACCAGAGUCUCCUAUACAUGUGCUUGAAAAAGUAUCAAUAUCGGAGGGCAAUGUUGAACCUAGUGCAGACUUGAGGGCUGUUCAGCCAAAGCAGGGUGAGAUGUUGCUUCCAGAAGACCAUCAGAGCUCCACUGUUCAAAUUGCACCAAACUAUGGUUUUGGGAUCAUGCCAACUAUGCAGGCCGCUCACCUUGUACCAUUCGCAGGACAUGAGACACAGGCAUGGGAUGUUUCUCAAACUACAGGCUUUGUUAGUAAGAAUUCUAUGGCCUCAUCUACUCCAAGUCUGAGUCAACAGAUGCAGAAUUCUGUUGCUGCUUCUCCGCAUCCACUUCUUUUCAGGGCUCCAUAUCCUCCUAACUAUCUUCAGUACGGGCACUACUUCAAUCCAUAUUUUUUGCCACCAAUGCAUCAAUUCUUGAGCCACAAUGGGCUCCCUCAACAGCCAUCGACUGGCAAUGCAUAUCUUACAGCAGCACCUACUGCUGCUGGUGUCAAGUUCCCUCUUCCACAAUUUAAGCCGGGAACUAGUGCUGGAAGCCCAGCUCCAAUUGCACUCCCCAUUUUGUAUGGAUCAUAUGGCUCUUCCUCUACAGGCUUCAAUCCUAGUCCAGCUGUAACCUCUGGAAGCUCCGCUGGUAAUGAUGAUCUAUCAGCAUCUCAGCUUAAGGAAAGAAACAUCUACACAACAGGACCACUGGCAAUGCAGAGCGAAAUUUCAUCUUGGAUUCCUCCAUCUGGGCAAGAUAUAUCCAGCUUGCAGCUCAGUUCUUUAUACCACCUUCACCCUCAGGGACAGCACCUCACCUUCUCUCCACAGGCUGGUCUUGCCGCCUUUCCUGGAAUUUAUCCACCGGUGCAAGCAGUGGCUGCACCUUCAGCUGUUAAUCAACUCACACAACAGUCACAGACCAUGCCUGCAACUGUUGAACCUGUGGUACCUCCAACUGGUCCUUACCAGCAGCCUCAACUUACACAGAUCAACUGGAACUCUUAACUAUUAAGCGUAUGAAACCUCUAUUAAUGGCUAUCUUAAAAGCCCGAGACAAGGGAAGCCUCAAGAGUGCUUGGAAGUGUACAUAUGAAUGCGGCUGGAAGGUUUAGGUUAAUGUGAUGGGUGGGGAGGGGAUAUAGAAUGCUGACUUUAUUGCUAUCAAAAUGAUAGGCCUGUCUUUUUCUCUCUCUGCUUGCUUUGUGCUCGUUCCCCCAUUUGUUUCUUAGGAUCUUUCCUGAUCGGGGUGGAUUUCUAUUGUGUUUUUGAAGCCUUAUUAAUUCCACGAGAUCAUACAGGAAUUUAAGAGGUUGAGUAGUCGGUGGGAUUCGCCAAUUUAUUUCAUUGAGACGUCUCACCUGUACAUUAAACUGAGGAAAGGUGAAUUAUACAACUUUGAUUAGUGCACUGGGAUUAGCAGUUGGCACUUCAUUAUUCUUCU